GCAGUUGCAGCACAGCAAAUGAAAGUGAAAGUGUGAAACAACGUUUUAGGACGGCAUUCGGCAUUUAUCAAUUAUUUUAAAUUCUAUAAAUUAGUGAAAAUUCAGUAAUUUUUCCAGCCACUUGGAAGUAUUUGAAAACUGUUCGAAAGGUUCUACCAGUAUUGCUCAUAGAAUUAGGUCCUGCGUAAAAUAUGGGACUUGGUAUGCGAAUGAGGAAAGUGGGUUCGAUGGCGAUAGUCGCGGCUGGCGGAGCUGCCGGAUUUUGGUUUCUACAGCGCACCUACAAUGAACGGAAAGCAUUUAAUUCAUGGACCACCAAUUUUGAACCAUCCAACUGUGCCAAAUGGGAUUUCAAUUGGGACCACCGGGAUCCAAGAAGUUUAGUGAAGCCGUCAUCGGACUUAUCGGAUCCUGCAGCUCAAAAUCGUUUCAAUGAAAAGCUCGAUAAGAAAAGAUCCAAAGUCGUACGGCAUUUGAUUUUGGUACGACACGGUCAGUACAACAUGGACGGUCGGACGGACCUCGAACGGUUCUUGACGGAGAAAGGCCGAAAGCAGGCUGCCAUUAGUGGAGAGCGUCUGAAAGUUUUAGGAAUCGAGUUCGAUAAAAUCGUUCGCUCGACGAUGACUCGAGCUCAAGAAACUGCCAAAAUUAUGUCUAUUUCAUUGCCUGAGUUGAAGAUGUAUGACGAUUCUCUGUUGGAGGAGGGCGCACCGGUCCCUCCAGAGCCGCCGGUUGGACAUUGGCGGCCAGAGGCUUCGCAGUUCUUCGAAGACGGAGCGCGUAUCGAAGCCGCUUUCCGGAAGUAUUUUCAUCGAGCGGAUCCGGAUCAGAAGCAGGACACUUACACCCUGAUUGUGUGCCACGCCAACGUAAUUCGGUACUUUGUAUGCCGAGCUUUGCAGCUGCCACCGGAGGCUUGGCUGAGGAUAUCGCUCGGCCAUGCCUCACUGACGUGGAUAUCGAUUUUGGAUGACGGUAGGGUGACUCUGCGGACCCUUGGCGAGACUGGCCAUAUGCCUCGGGAGAUGCUGAGUAGGUAAGUUUGACUAUCUUGAUUAAUUGUACUGAAAAAAAGUUCAAACUAAAACGUUACUUAAAGGCAAUAAAAUUCAGGUCAUUCUAAAGUAUUAUAUUGAAAACGUCUAUAAAAUUAUGAAUUGUACAGUGAGUAGUGCAAAGUAUAGUA